CUCCUCCAUUUCACAUCAUUAUUGAUUUGAUCUAUUAUGAACCUGCAGCUGAACCUGCUCCCUCCACCUGAUGAAGACAGCUCUUCUCAGUUGUGGGUGUGACUUCAGAGGUCAGCCGAGUAGAAGUGGGGAGGUUGCGCCUUGUCCUCUGCUGGUCAGCUGUCCGUCCUGCAGCUGUUUGUGUUAUUGAUCUGUGAUUGGUGGAAGUCCUGUGGCAGUGGAUGUUCCAGGAGCUGUGAGCUGUUGACUAACAGACGAUCAAUGUCUCAAAGGUUGCUGUGAUGUUUCAGUGCUCUGCAGGACACUGACCUGAGUUCAGCUCACACCGACGAUCUAACCGUCUGAAUCUGCUCCACUACCUGCUCAGGAUGAGGGCUUCUGAUUGGCUGUUGGUUUUGGUGUCCCUGCUUCUCAUCUCCUUCACGGUUGAUGCCGACAUCUGCAGCGCCAAACCCAGAGAUCUCCAGCUGGAGCCGUACUGCAUCUACCGCAGCCCUGACUCGGACCCAGAGACCCCCGAGGACCCAACCACAGAACCCGAGCCAGUCCCCGAGUCCACAAACCCCAGAGUCUGGGAGCUGUCCAAGGCCAAUGGCCGCUUUGCCCUGGCGCUGCACAAACAGCUGGCCCUCAGCAAGACGCCAGACUCCAACAUUUUCAUGUCCCCCCUCAGCAUCUCCACGGCGUUCGCCAUGACCAAGCUUGGUGCAUGCGAAUCCACGCUGGAGCAGAUCAUGAAGGUGUUUGAGUUUGACACCAUCAAAGAGAAGACAUCUGAUCGGGUCCACUUCUUCUUCGCCAAACUCAACUGCCGUCUGUACAGGAAAAAAGACGAGACCACCGAGCUGAUCUCUGCAAACCGCCUGUUUGGAGACAAAUCCCUGGUCUUCAACGAGACGUACCAGAACAUCAGCGAGACCGUGUACGGAGCCAGGCUGCUGCCGCUCAACUUCAAGGAGAACCCAGAGAAUGCCCGGGUAACCAUCAACGAAUGGAUCUCCAACAAGACAGAGAACCUGAUCGAGGACACCCUGCCACAGGGGGCGCUGGACUCCAACACUAUCCUGGUCCUGGUCAACACCAUCUACUUCAAGGGUCAGUGGAAAAAUAAGUUCGACAAAGACCUAGUGUACGGCUCAGACUUCCACAUCAGCAAAGAUCUCACCUGUCGGGUCAACAUGAUGUACCAGCAGACCAAAUUCAGGUACAAGUACUUCCCCGACGAACAGGUGCAGCUGCUGGAGAUGCCAUACCGAGGAGACGAUAUUACCAUGGUGAUCAUCCUGCCCAGCAGAGGCACCCCACUCAGUCAGGUGGAGGAUAAUCUCGACCUGAAGAAACUCACUGGCUGGAUGGAUGAGAUGAAGGAAACCACCGUCUCAGUCCACGUCCCUCGCUUCAGGGUAGAGGACAGUUUCAGUCUGAAGGAGAAGCUGGAGGCGAUGGGACUGACCGACCUGUUCAGCUCCGACAAGGCCAGCCUGCCAGGGAUGCUGGAGGACGGAGGUGAUGGUCUUCACAUCUCAGACGCUUUCCAUAAAGCCUUCCUGGAGGUGAACGAGGAGGGCAGCGAGGCGGCAGCAGCCACCGCCGUGGUGGCGAUCGGGCGCUCUCUGAACUUGAACCGGGAGGUGUUCACUGCCGACCGUCCAUUCCUGCUGCUCAUCAGAGAGUCCACCAUCAACGCCCUGCUGUUCACAGCCCGAGUGGCCAACCCCUGCAGCCAAUAAACACUCUGCUGCUCCUCGCCCCGCGUCAGCAUCAACACCUGUUUAAUACUUCAAAAUAAACCUACAUCCAACCUUUUCAA